AUCGUAAUCAGAUUCUGUUUGCGAACAUUCCAUGGUCCAAGCACUUGUUUUGAGAGAGCCGGGGAUCCCGGAGUGACCCGGACUCAUUGCAGUUCUCACUGAAGACUAUAGGCUAGCCUGGACCUCAGGCGCAAUCUCCUGUGAAGCAGGUUGUAGAUAAUACCUUCGUUUACCGCAGUGACUGAGUUAUGGCCACGUCUGAGAUCUACCCAACCGAAUAUGUGGAUGCUCGUAAACCCUUUGACUCUACGAACCCGGUCCACCAGCGCAUGGGCAGGUCAAUUUUUCAUCUCAGGAUAGAAUGCGAGAAGUGCGGAAAAGGAGGCUACGGUACCUGCUUCUUGCUUCAGGAUUUGAGCAAAGACUGCGACGAGGAUUACGUGUACUUUGCUACUGCGGCACACAAUCUCUACUGCGUUUUCAUUCCCGAAGAGGAACAGAACCCGAACUGUGAGACUGGUUGUAAUCAAUAUCGCGUUCUUAAGAUUAUUGAGAGAUGGAACUUGAAGCAAGUUGGUGUUCAAACGCCAGUUUACCUAACUGACACCAUAGGGAAGAAUAGCAAGGCCGGAUGGCUGAAGGUCUCCAACAUGUACGAAAAGAACGCCAAGUCUGUCCAGGUCCAGGCUGAGGCGGCUGCUCAUGCGGCUGCUCAUGCGGCUGCUCACCAGGCCAAGCUAGACCGCUACACCUACGAUUUCGGUGUCAUUGCGGCGCGCAAAGUCGACCUACUCAACAAUCCAUCACUUCUCCCAGGCAUUGACCAACAAGUACCAGUCUUUUGGGGCAACUUGGAGCCGGAUGACGUGAGUGCCUAUCUGUGUGGGUAUCCAGGCAGAGUUGGAGAUCACAAGAAAGAUGAGCUUCCACCCCGUGCAAAGAAACGCAAAUACUGGGUACCAUCGGCCUCUCGGGUCGUCGUGCUGGCUCCCAACCUGCUGAAGCAUUACGUGCAUUCAAGUGGAGGGCAGAGUGGCGCUCCACUUUACAAAUUGACUCCGUCUGUGGCCGGCGAAGCCCCAUGUGUGCUGGGCAUCCACGUAGGAGGGAUUCCGAAGAACCCAGAUGAUAGGCACAACCUGGCGGUGAAGCUUUGCGCCAACUCCGUGGCACUUCGCACUAUUCGCGGCUGGGCGCUGGGUGCGCCAUACGUUCUGGAUGAUACUGUCAAGGCUGUGACUUUUGAGGGCGCUACAUCUGAAAUGAUCGAAGAACCAAACGUGUUCACGUUGCCAGUCUCGAUGGAAGGAGACAAGAAGCCAUCGCACAGCGUGGUUCAUAAGCCACAAACUUCACCGAGUGCGCCACGUGUCCGACAAGCCAGGUCUAAGAAUCCAUUCAAGUCUCGCAAAUUCAUGGCUGAGUUGUGGUCUCUGAUGUACGACAUGCCACAAGAAAAACUUUGCCGUGGCUGUAGAGAUGCCAACCUUAUCAGCUUCAGUACUGUGCACGACCUAGGGAGAAUCUUGUUGCAUCGUGGGCGGAAUGCACAUGUUGACAAACUUGUCGAGCUCCUUGUUGCUGGGGGGCAUGAAAGCUAUGCAGGACUGUGCGAUGUCAUUGUCGGCAUGGACAUCAGUGAGGAAUCGAACAAGCGGUGGGCAGAUGCGAAGAAGGACGAGCUGUAAGCGUUCAGCACAUGCACAGCCUAUUAAAGGAGUCCCGUAGAGAACGACGGCAUUGGCGAGGCGAUGAAAUGUGCAAGAGACCACCUUUCGUUGAGAUAGAAGGCUUCUGUACAGCACAGGUGUUGUAUGAACUGGUGCCAAGUUACCCGACCAAGAGGCUGUGUCAAGGACUGUUUGUCGGCCGGUUCGACCUUUCCAUUGGUCAUUUUUAUCAUACAUGUUAUUGUAAAGCGUAUGUCUACUGGUUUGUCUCUGCUAGCAUGCUAUGUCUCUGCAUGUGAAGGUGUUGGCAUGUAGCAGUAUUGCCUGGCAGUCACACUGUGCAUGUCCGGCUCACACAGAUGCAUAAGGCCGUUUUUUUGUCUUCAUUUUUUUCCUUCUCUCUUUUUACGAUUUUUCGCCUUCUUUUUUUUUGUAUCGCAGAUGCUCCUGCUGCGGCUGCUUAUAAUGAUGAUGAUGAUGAUGAUGCAUGUCUAGUGGAUUUUAGGUGUUGUCUAGUGCAAUGGAAUGCAUACAUGUAUGUUCUAAUGCUGGCACUGGCUUUUAAGUCGCCGCACACGCUUAGGUUUACAUUGCAGAUAAAAAAAAGGCUAGUGCAUUCACAAUUUUCUUUGUUUUUACUUUUCCCAUUGUUACACAAAUAUAUAUUAGACUCGCAAGUCUCGCUUGGACUUGUACUGCCACGAGCCUCCUCUCGAUUUGGUUAUUUCUCUCUUUCUUAUUUAGCCGCUGACCGCUGGAACUCAGUUCCGGCAUCGGUCCGCCUUGCUGCUUCACCAAGUUUUCUUUCGACGCGUUUGCUGUGCAGUGAAGCCGAGACCCUAGGUGGGCGGAGCACAUCAGACCCCGUCACCACAUCCACGAUUCAUGCCUGCGAUGCUGCACCGCUGCUUUGCAUGUCAUGAUUGGAAGCUGUGGCCUUAGUAAAAAUAAAAAAAAGUCAAUAUCGUAUCGCAAUCCUAGAUUGGCUAGGGUACCCCGUAAGGAGACCAUAGGUCUGUACUGUGGGGACUGCCCUAGAGAAGUAUGUAUAAAUACUACUACUAUGUACUGUA